AGUCGGAAUACCUCGCCCCGUAGGAGUUCCGAACAGAUUUGUCAUAAAGCGAAAGUAAGGAGAAUGAUAAGAAAACGUAUUUGAAAUUGACCGAACCUCAGGGUUUUGGGUGGUGACCUACCAUGGAUAUGGCCACUUUAGGGCACCUGUCACCCCUGUCCCCAUUAGGGGCAAAAGAAGAAACAUUUCUUGAGAACUUCUUUAAACUCAUUAGUCAAUUUUCUUACGAAAAGGCUCGUGAUUUAGCGGAUAAAGAGAAAGAUAACCAUAAAGCUGCGUUUGCUUCGUCCUGGGGACUAUUUAUGUACUCUCUCACCCAGUUUGCUACUGCAGAGAAGGGUUAUAUGUCACUAGCAUUUCUGGAACACAAAGGAUUCUUCACUCGUUCAAAAGAUACUCUGAAGAGUGUUUACCACUCACUAGCUCUGGAAUUUCGUAAAGUGGAAGAAAAUGUGCGAAAUCAAGAUCAGCUUGUUCAUUUCGGUCUUCCUCACCCAUCUGCAGAGUUUGAACAGCUGAUCGCCCACCUAUGUGGUCAGCUUGGUCACUUUGUCCUGGCCAGGCAGAAGUCUAUGGAGUUUUAUGAGCAGAUGAGCUCAAUGGGGACGUACAAAGUGAUAAAUUAUUCUGAAUUAAUGGUGGCCAUAUCAAGGAUUGUCCAGACCAACAGUCGGAACUUCCACCAUCCACUUCUCAGUCAUCUCAAGUCCAAAUUCUUCUAUGAGUGUGAAAUUAUGUCACACCUGCUUCAGGCACAGGUGUUGAUGACUGAGCUGCAGUUCCUGCCAUCUCUCCUUCAGCUACAUCAGGCUCACAGUAAAUUGACCAGCUGGGGGGCCAGUGCUCAUCAGAUUAAGGAGGUUAAGAAAUCAGCCUUUGGUGGUUCCAGUAAACAUAACCCCUGGCCAGCACUCUACAACUGGAUUGUCAAAUACAAACAGGUGCUGUUGUCUAAGUUUAGUCUAUACUUCUACGACCUCCUCCAGAAACAAGUACACUCCAGUGAGAUGAAAACAGUGACUGCCAGACUCUCUGACGAUUUUGUCAGCAAGAUUGUAACAUUCCAGCGUAAGUCAGAUGCCACACAUGUCUCACUAGUACUCGACACCCAAGGGAUCCAUCGGUGUAAGGGUUCAGGCUACAACUUUCCUAAGAAAUACACAGAGGAACCUAAAGGACUCGAUACUUUUCCUGCCAUAUAUUCAUACCCUGCGGAUCGACAGGUGCAGAACCAUUGGCAUAACAUUGUGAUGCUGAUCAACAAUAGAAUGAGUGAUCACCAUAUCUACGACAAAAUCACCUGUAUAUAUGAUAAGACGGCCCAAAGCACGUACUUCAUAACCCAGGUUGAUGUGAGAAUAACGUUUGUUGUCAUCUUUGAAUGCAAGAAGUCGGAGAAAGACACUUUUGUUAAUAAUUUUAUGGCAGAUCUGCGGACAAAUCUAAAUUGUGCAAGACUUUUUACAGCUCUGAAACCAGGAGUGCGGGGUUGAAUAUUUAAACACAAUUUGGUCCUGUUUCACAAAUAAUUGACUGAGUUAAAUGUUAUGGAAACCUGGACUUUGAGAAACCAUUUCUUCUGUUGCCAUAUGCUAAUUUGUCUUCCAUGUUAGCUGUAUAGAAUGUCUUUGUUGACUCCUAAGAUUUGACAGAAUCUAAACAAGUGUUAUUAAGAUACAUAAUUAAACUGAUUUUAUAUGAAAAUGAAGACCAGAGGGAGGAGAAGGGUAUGGAAAUAAAAUCUUUCUUCUUUUGUUAAAAUACCAGGAGUUUGACCAGUCUAGUAAACAAGUGAGUUAUGGGAACACAUCCAUUGGCAAAGGUUGUAUAUGUUCCUUUGGGUCAAGAAGGUGAAAUACAGGGGAGGGGGGGGGCAAUCUUUAAACCACUCUUACGUAAUGACAACUAUGAUAAAGUGAUUGUACCAAAUGUUAACUUGAACAGCAGUGAUGAAGAAUUAGGCUUUUCCCCUGUUUUGAGGCGUUUCAUUUUUUUUUUCAAAAGGUCUCAAUGUCAAUCUUAAAAAUUAGUCUGUUGUGUCAUUUAUUUAAAGAGUUAAGUUAUGAUUGCUAUUUUUCAUACAAACUGCUCAGGUACAAUAAUGUGUAGUUAUCCUCAUGGACACAGGAAAGGAAUUCUAGGUGUAAUAAAAGUACUUACUCAAUAUCAACACAUAGAUCUGGUAGUUGUGAAAAUUAUGUUCAUGAUUGCUGAAAUGUUUAAGUGUCUGAGCAAAGCAUGUCAUUUUUGCACGGGUUUUGAACACUAACUGCCUACACAUGUGGAUUUACAUUUUAAUGCAAAGACAGUGCCAAAAGGGUUGCCUUGUGCUGACCAGUCAAACUCUUGCACAAGGGUUCCAGGGGGUAUCCCGGUCCAUUGAACAACGCAUGUUUGAAUCUUUUUCUCACAAACU